GAGUGUUUGCAAUCACAGUGGCUUCUCCGGAAUCUAGUGAUUGGUGGAAUCCGACAGACUUGGCUUAGUUGUUUUGUGACCUCAAGCAAGGGGCUCAACCUCUCAUCUGCAAAACACGGUUCCCUAAUAAUGGUACCCGGCAAUGUCUGUAAGGCCAGUCUCCUGUGCCAGGCUCUGGGUGAAGCACUCAGCAUGGAUUAGAGCUAGUUGCUCCCCACCACGCUCCUGGGAGGAGCAGUAGGCUGGGACUCCAAAGUCCUGCGUGCAAGCUGAGGACUGGACCAGGCUCCCCUCUCCAAAGAAUCCAGGAUGCCCCUUAGCUGCAGUGGCUCCUGACCUCAUGGAGCCCUUGACCACCCCAGGGGUCCAGACGGGAGUCCCCACUGGCAGUGAGGAGCCAUCCCCUGUGCCUCCAGACUACGAAGAUGAGUUUCUGCGCUAUCUGUGGCAUGAUUAUCUGUACCCGAAGCAGUAUGAGUGGGUCCUCAUCGCAGCCUAUGUGGCCGUGUUCCUUAUAGCCCUGGUGGGCAACACACUGGUCUGCCUGGCAGUGUGGCGGAACCACCACAUGAGAACAGUCACCAACUACUUCAUUGUCAACCUGUCCCUGGCUGACAUGCUGGUAACAGCCAUCUGCCUGCCUGCCAGCCUGCUAGUGGACAUCACUGAGUCCUGGCUCUUCGGCCAUACCCUCUGCAAGGUCAUCCCUUAUCUACAGGCUGUGUCGGUGUCGGUGGCAGUGCUGACUCUCAGCUUCAUCGCCCUGGACCGUUGGUAUGCCAUCUGCCAUCCACUGCUGUUCAAGAGCACUGCCCGGCGAGCCCGGGGCUCCAUCCUGGGCAUCUGGGCCGUGUCACUGGCUGUCAUGGUGCCCCAGGCUGCUGUCAUGGAAUGUAGCAGUGUGCUGCCUGAGCUAGCCAACCGCACCCAGCUCUUCUCUGUCUGUGACGAACACUGGGCAGAUGAACUCUACCCCAAGAUCUACCACAGUUGCUUCUUCAUCUUCACCUACUUGGCCCCACUCGGGCUCAUGGCCAUGGCCUAUUUCCAGAUCUUCCGAAAGCUCUGGGGCCGCCAGAUCCCAGGCACCACCUCAGCUCUGGUACGGAACUGGAAGCGGCCCUCAGACCAGCUGGAGGAGCAAGGACAGGGCCCCAGUGCAGAGCCCCAGCCCAGGGCCCGUGCCUUUCUGGCCGAGGUGAAGCAGAUGCGAGCUCGGAGGAAGACAGCCAAGAUGCUGAUGGUGGUGCUGCUGGUCUUUGCCCUCUGCUACCUGCCCAUCAGUGUCCUCAAUGUCCUCAAGAGGGUGUUCGGGAUGUUCCGCCAAGCCAGUGACCGAGAAGCUGUCUACGCCUGCUUCACCUUCUCCCACUGGCUGGUGUACGCCAACAGCGCUGCCAAUCCCAUUAUCUACAACUUCCUUAGUGGCAAAUUCCGGGAGCAGUUUAAGGCUGCCUUCUCCUGCUGCCUGCCUGGCCUGAGUCCCUGCAGUUCUCUGAAAGACCCCGGGCCCCGCUCCUCUGCCAGUCACAAGUCCCUGUCCUUGCAGAGCCGGUGCUCUGUCUCCAAAGUCUCGGAGCAUGUGGUGCUCACCAGUGUCACCACAGUGCUGUCCUGAGCGAGGGCCAGCCUGGGGGCUCUGGGACCUGCAGCUGAUUCCUGCCUGGGCUGCUCCUUCGGCCCCUGGGAUCCACCUCUGGAAAGGCUGCUGGAUGCAGUGAAAGGCUUAAGCUCCAGUCCUGGUUUUCUGCCUGUGUGACUCCGAGCAAAUCAUUCUCCUCUAAGAGCUUGUGUUCUCUAAGUGGGGUUGAUAUGAGGAGGCUAAAGGAUGCCCAAGACAGUGGAAAGCUCUUUGUAAAUUGUGAAGUGCUGUGGAUACGGUUACUGUUGUACUUCUCGCUUGGCCAUACCCGACAGUACCGCCCGCCUUCAUCAUCUUCCGACUUUGGCUUUUCUCCCAAAGACCCCUCUCCUGCCCAAUUAUAGGACUUCCCUGGAGUCUGCUAUAAAGGUCCCCACAGCAUUUCCAUCUGGACCAGGGGCUCCCUAAAGCCCAGCGCUGCACUCGGCCAGCUGCCGUGAUGCGUGUGUGAAUUAAUCAGGGCCCAGUCCUUCUUCAGUGAGGCCAUGAGCUCAGCCCAUCCUCACUAGGUACUGAGUGAACGCACUAUAGUCUGGACCCUGUUGGCUUUGUGAUGUGAUAAAAUACUCUCCACUCGGUCAUUCGGCAUGGAGGCCAGCAGCCCAAAGCAACUGUAAUUAAAAGCCUGGCACUGAAUGUUCCCUUUCCUUGUCAUUACACAAAAUCUGUGCUGCUCAGGUUAGGAGAGGAAGGUGGGGCAGCUGGGGGGAAGGCAAGAUGAGAAGGCACUGGAAUGUUAUUAUCUGCAGACCGCCCCUACCCCCCGCCCAGAUGGACUUGGCCCGGCCUCAAAGUGCACACAGUGGUGCCAAGCCUCUGAUGCCCAGAAGCUCAACCUUUGACACAACACACUGCUGGCUCCCAGCCCAGUAGCCUCUAGAAAGUAAGGGGAUAUGAUGGGGAGACAGAGUUUAACAAACUUACUGUUCCUUCACCUUCUUGGAAAUUGGGGCUUCAAUUAUUCUAUAUGAACUCACAGGAUAAAGAGAGAAAGCUAUAAACCUGGCCAAACAUGCUCCAGCUGCCACCAAGAUGAUUAUAGGGCUGUCAGAGGCCCUGAUCCUCAUUGGCAGAGCAGGAUUCAAGUGCAUUCUGAAGUGCUGCUCUGCUGGGAGGCGCAGGAGACAGCUGGCCUGGGCCAGUGCAGCCAUGCACACCACCAGGUCUGCUUAAAUUGACUAAUGGAGCCACGGGCUCCCCCAACCUCAGCUGUCAAGAAGUGGAGUGGAGACAUGCCUAGGCAUGGCUUGUCUUGAGCACCCCAUUUUACCCAGAGCGGGUGGACAGUGUGCUGUAUAUUGCCGCUCUCCAUGAGUCACCCACACAGCCCAGCUCACUGUGGACAGUGCAGCUGCUCCCAGGAGGGACAGACUGUCCUGCUCUCUUGUGCUCCCACUGGCCUUGGGAUCCAGAGCUGCUUGCAAACUCAUAGGCAGGUCUAGAGGAGAGGUGUGCAGAAUGAGGCAUGAGGACCCCAGUCCAGAGCCAACCGUGCCUGCAAGGAUCCACCCAGGUCUUGGGCUCCUCACCCUGCCGACACAAAUGUAGAAACAGUGAAUGACACCAUUCUGAAGAUGAGUUUCAGCUCUGGAGGUGUAGUUCAGCAGUAAAGCAUUUGCAUGUGCAAGGCCUGGGGUUGAUCCCCAGCACCAGGUAAAAAGUUAAAAAACAAAGAUGGGUUUCAGUGGACACUCAUUCAGCAGGAACAGACUACAGGAGCUUCCUCUAAUGGCUGCAGGUCUGCCCUACAGUCUGCUAGUUAGACCCAGCAGCAUGGUGGGUUUUAUGCUUUCUCUGUGGGGGACCCAGGUGCUCAGUAAGGAGCAGCUGAAGAACCCAGGGCUAUCCAGCCUCACAGGGCACAUGUGCGUGCGUGCGUGUGUGUGGUGGCAAGCUGCACUACCCAGAAGACUAGCAUGCAGGAAGGGGUGAUAUGGCCCUAAAGAGAAAGCCAGAGCCAAUGGCUAGUGUUUCCAAGGUGAUUUAGAAUCCAUAUCAAGAAGUUUCUACCACGUAAAGAGGAAAUGAGCUACCUGUAAGGUCCUGAGUCUUUGUAAUUGGAGUUUCACAAGAAGCUGGACUCCCAGGGUAUCGAAUCUCUGGGGAAUAUUAGCUAUAGAUGGAUCCUGGCUUCAGGGAACUAGAUCCCAUCUAAUUCUGGAUUCCAGUGGCACAGCAAUGUAGAGAAGGAAGCUGAACUGGCCGAACCUGACUUGCCUGCUGGGCCUCACAGGCUUGCUGAACAGGUGUAGCUACUCCCUGCACUGCAGGGAGGAGAGGGCUCAAACCUCUUAUCUUCAUCUCCAAAAGCCAAAGGAUAAUCACACCAUUACCAGUGAUAAGGCUCCCUUGGCAAACUAGAAUGUCUGGUAUCUUCAGCUUUUGAUUGAAAUUUUGUCAUCUCCUUACAAACUUCCUAUGUAGACUGGGUAUCAUGCUGAUCUAGAGAUCCGACUGGCAAGUACAGAUGUCUGUGCUUAAUAAAAUGGGGGAAAAGUUAUGACUUCAUAAAUGGAGUUUGUCUGGAAGAUAAAACUCAAGCCUGAGAAAGUAAAAAGGCCAAGAUGUGAAAAGUUGGGGGUGGCUGCUUCCAGCCUAAAACUUCUGUGAAACCCAGUCAGCUUCUUGAGCUGAUGCUCAGCCGCUUGGAAGUGAACCUGGCAGGAUGAAGCAAGAGGCCCACCACCCGAGCUUCACCCUGGCAAAUGAAAGGAGCCCCCAUCAGCCCCAGCAUGCUCCCCCACCCUCACUGCUUCUUUCUGUAUGGCUUGGUAUACAGUAUUGUUUAAGUAUUUGCUGAAUGAAAGAAUAAAUAAGUGAAUGAAUGGACGAGUAUGAACCUAUAGCUGGGAAGUCCUGGUGGAAAACAAAGGACUCCAGAGUUAGAAUGGUAUCUUUUUAUUGAAGCUUACAAUUUCACUGGACUUUUGGCCCCACGUGAAAAAAAACUGGAGAGAAAAAAAAA